AAAAGAAGAGAAGAGCUGCCUCUGCUGCUGGACCGAUGGAGAAGAAGCGAGGAUCUUCUCAUCAGUACGGUUCACUGGAGCACACUGAAUGGAGCAGAGACAUCAACAAACCAGAGGACGACGUGGUGUCCAUGGCAGACUCCACCAUCACUGUGGACGACAUUGAGGGGGAGCUCUUUAAGAUUGAGAGGAUCAGAGAUGUCCUGGUCAGGAGGGAGUCAGAGCUCAGAUACAUACCUCACGGCCACUUCCCCACCUACACGUCUGUGGAGGGCAUCUUACAUGACAGGAUGGACGACAUUCAGCUGUGCAAGGAGAUCACUCGUCUGAAGAAGGAGCUGCACAAAUUAGUGUCCAUACCAGAUAAUGACAAGUCCAACGAGGACCGGCAGAAGGAAGAGGAACUACUGCAGCAGAUCCACAAGCUCGUUGAGACGAGAGAUUUCCUGGUAGAUGACGUGGAGUUUGAAAGACUCAGGGAGAAAGAAGAAGAUAAAGAAAUGGCAGAUUUUCUGAAGUCCAAAUUCCCAAGAAAUAUGAAGAAGACAGGUGUACCAACCAGACGGGUCCCAUCCAGGGCUCAACAGACCUCUUCUCCCUUCACCAAGACAGGCCUCACCCUGCUGAAGGAGUGCUGUGGCUUCACAUGCUCAAUAAUGUAGUCUGGAGCCAAAAUGGAGAGCCCCACUACCAGGGCUGAUAAAGGGGCCACAAACCAAAAUGACCAUUCCACAAGAGUCAGUAUUUCCAGUUUCAGCUUUUCAGUCCGAGGAAGACUUUGAAACAUGGACAUAGUAGUACAGACGAGAGUUUUCCCAGAGGGAGAGCAUAGGAUGUUGCAAAUUUGAUGUGGUGUGUUUUUAAUCCCGAGACCCAAGUAUGUGUGGUGUUGGAUCUGUUUGUCUCUUUAUCUCUUUCAUUGGAUUUCAUAUGUGAUUUUAUUUUCUCUAUCUGUCACUGGUUUUCAAGUCUCUCUUCCCAUUCCUGUGUUUAUACUUUCUCUUGUUAAUCACCACUGCUCAGCCAACUCCUUCUGAUUAGCAGUUUCCAAAAGGAGCGACCCAACAUACUGUAUUUAUUUCUCCCUUUUCAGACAGACAGGACAGGGUUUGAAAGAAGUAAAAGUCAGGCAUGUGUAACGUGCUAAUUGGAUAUACUAAGUUUUAUAUUUAAAGAGCUAUGAGAACUGUCAACCCUCAUUAAAAAAGUAGCUGUUUUGCAGGAGUCAGCAGGCCAGUCUAGACACGCUGCUGAAACUUUAUAAUUAGCAUUACGGAGAUAACACUAAUGAAACUGACAUUAAUCGGGAACUCUGUUAGGAUGAUGUUGCCUGCUAUUUGACUCCAUCCAAAUGGCUAUGACCUUUUAAAAAGUGGUGGUUUGCUAGAAAAGACCGGACGUCUCAUCCCUCUUCAUUUUUCUUUGAAGGAGCAAUAUGUAAGAAUUGGCCGACUGUCAAAUUCAUACUCCGAACAGGGAGUGGGGGUGUCCAUCCCUAUCAUAAGAAACAAGUAAAUGCACUUGUUUUAGAUGUUUAAGUAUUUCUGGUAUUU